AUGGAGCGAGAUGUAGACGUGGCCGUACCCGCCUUUCACUCGGGUAGAUAUAGAGUUUUCGAUGAAUUAGAUUUGGAAAGGGACGUAAAUCCCAUACUCACGGCGAUUGGGCUAUGGACCGAAAACGGUUCGAAUUGGCGCAUAAAUCAUCUCGUGCAUCUAGAUAUAGAGAUCUCCAGGUUCAACCCCUUACGCGGUGGUGCGUACGCUCCGUUACCCAACGUGCUGAAAAAUAAAAAGGCAAUCGUCAACGUUAAAAACAAAGACGACUCGUGCAUCAAAUACGCCGUUACCAGCGCGCUUCACCCCGUCAAGGGUCAUACCGAUCGACCCUCGAGUUACGCUCAACAUCUGGACGAGCUCGACUGGAGCGGCAUAACGUUCCCCAUGUCGGUCAAACAGAUUAAAAUCAUCGAAAAGAAUAAUCCUCGGCUCAAGAUUAACGUUUACGGCUGGGCAGAAGAGGGUAAAGGGUAUCUACAUCCACUAUACUUUGGCGGCGACCACGUGGAUCGUACGUUGAUUAAUCUCUUGCUGUACGAUAAACACUACAUGUGGAUUAAAAAGAUGAGCCCGCUUCUCACCGCUUUCAGCAAGCACAAGGGGAAAAAGCAUUUUUGCUGUCGAUGCUUACACGUUUUUAGUACGGAAGAACGUUUGUUAAAACACGAGCCCGAUUGCAGGGGCAUAAACGACGGUAAAACGGCGGUGCAACUCGUCGAUGAAAAUGGCAACUUGUUGAUAUUUAAAAACCUUCAGCACAGGGCCAUGACGCCGUUUGUAAUCUAUGCGGAUUUCGAGUGCAUCUUGGAAAAGAUGCCGUCAGACGAGUCUGACCCGAAAACGUUUAGAGACGCCAAGCACGUGCCGUGCGGUUGGUCGUACGUGGUGGUAAGGUACGACGGCCAAGCGGUCGGACACGGAUUGCGCAGCGCCAAUGUCGACGAUGCGAGCGCGUGCGUAAAAUCCUUUUUGGAUCGACUCGUCAUCGAAAAGGAUAAAAUUGUCGACAUUUUCAAGCGAAAACCCGUCGACCCCCGCAGCGUGAUGACGGACGAGGACGAAGCGAGCUUUGAAGCCGCAACGACCUGUUGGAUCUGCGAGCGAGGCGGUUUUACGGAAUAUGGCGGGGAUGACGACUGUCGGAAAUGCUACGUGGUCAAGAACAACCCCGACAACAAAUACAAGACGUGCUACGAGUGCUCGGUAAACAAGAAUGGGCAAAAGGUGCGAGAUCACUGUCACGUCACCGACACGUAUCGUGGAGCGGCUCACGCGGGUUGCAAUCUCAAGUUACGGUUACACGAGAAUACGCCCAUACCCGUGAUAUUCCACAAUCUUGCCGGGUACGACGGUCAUCUAAUCAUGCAGGCCCUCGGACAGAUGCCGGGUAAGAUUGAAUGCAUUCCGAGCAAUACGGAAAAGUACAUUUCCUUUAGCUCGGGGAACCUGAGAUUCAUCGAUUCGAUGAAAUUUCUAAACGCUUCGUUGUCGACGCUGGUGAGCAAGUUGCCGAUCGACAAGUUUAAGCUUACCAAGACAUUUUUCGACGGUGAGGGCGAUUUGGAACUGCUCACGAGAAAGGGCGUGUAUCCGUACGAAUACAUGGAUUCGUUUGACAAGUUUCGAGAGGAAGGUUUACCCAGUAAGGAGCUCUUUUACAGCAGCCUGCGUGACGAGGGCAUAAGCGACGCCGACUACGAGCAUGCCGCGAGGGUUUACGAGCAUUUUAAAUGUAAAAACUUGGGCGAUUAUCACGACCACUACCUCAAGACGGACGUUUUGCUGUUGGCCGACGUGUUCCAAAACUUUAGGUCGUCGGUGUAUCGAGAGUACGGAUUGGGCCCGUGCAACUAUUUCACGCUACCGGGUUUCGGUUGGGACGUGCUGCUCCACAAGACCGGGGUGACGCUCGAGCUGUUGACAGACUUGGACAUGCACUUGAUGAUCGAAAAGGGGAUCAGAGGCGGUCUCACCAUGGUUUCCCAUCGACACUGCAAGUUUAACAACAAGUACAUGGACGACCACGACGAGACGAAACCCAGCACGUACGGACUAUAUCUCGACGCCAACAAUCUGUACGGGUGGGCCAUGAGACAGCCGUUGCCGGUGUCGGACUUUAGGUGGAUCGAUCCGGACGAGUACGAAAAGGUCCUCGAGGCAAAGGCCGACGGCGACAAGGGCUACUUUCUCGAGGUGGACUUGGAGGUUCCGAAAGAACUGCACGAUCUGUUUAACGAUUACCCCCUGGCACCCGAGAUGCUCGCGCCCCGUCGCGAGUGGAUGAGCCCCUACCAGCUCAACCUGCUGGGCGACGAUAAUCCGAAGGUUGAGAAACUAGUACCGACCCUGAUGUCCAAGACCAAAUACGUCCUGCACUAUAGAAACUUGCAGUUUUAUCUCGCCAAGGGUCUCGUGCUGACCAAGGUUCAUCGCAUCAUCGAGUUUACGCAGAGAGCGUGGAUGAAAGAGUACAUCGACAUGAAUACCGAGCUCAGAAAGGCUGCAAAAACCGACUUUGAAAAGGACUUUUUCAAGCUGAUGAACAAUUCCGUUUUCGGCAAGACUAUGGAAAAUGUACGCAACAGGCAAAAUGUCAUCUUGUGUAAAACCAGCGAAACUAAAAAAAUAGACAAGCUCUCGGCGAAACCAAACUUUAACAGACACGUCGUAAUCAACGAUGACCUCGUAGCCAUCCACAUGAACAAGACGCGGGUCGUGCUCAACAAACCAAUCUAUUGCGGUGCGGCCGUCUUGGAUCUGAGCAAGCUUGUAAUGUACGAGUUUUACUACGACAAGCUCAAACUCAUGUACGGCGAUCGCGUCAAGCUCUUGUACACAGACACUGAUAGCCUGUUGAUGAGAAUCACCACCGAGGAUGUCUACGCCGACAUGCGGGAAAAUUUAGAUUGGUUCGACACGAGCAACUACGACAAGGGCUCUCGCCUGUACAGCGAGAAAAAUAAAAAGGUUCCGGGAAAGAUGAAGGACGAAUUGGGCGGAACCGUCAUGGCGGAAUUUGUCGCACUCAAACCGAAAAUGUAUUCAUUCAGGACGAAAGAUCCGAGGCUGGACGUCAAGCGGGCAAAGGGGGUCGCCAAAUACGUCGUAAGGAGUCAUCUAAGACACGACGAUUACGUGCGCGUGUUGACGAGUAGAGAGGACAUGUAUUGCGACAUGACCUCGAUUCGAAGCAGCAAGCAUUUGCUGCUUCGAAGUCGCUAUGCCCGUUAG